GAGAGAGAGAGAGAGAGACGGAGAAGGAGAAGGAGAAGAAAAGGGAGGACGAGGGAGCGAAGCAGGAAAGGACACCUCCUCAGGCGUCUAGUUUGAGCCCCUUCCUCGCCUCCCCCUUCCCCUCCGCGAUGUUACAAAGGCAGUGAGCUGCUCGCCUUUUCCCAUUCGCCUGCUGUCACUUCCUUCCUGGACGCUUUCGGGACGAGUCCGGUUACUUUUAAUCCGACCAGCAGCUCAGCCACUUUCUCCUCCUCCACGCUGCACACACACGCAAGCACACACACACACACAUACAUACACACACCCCAGACAUCUCCUGGCUGCUUAUUGGAUUGACUUUGAAGGUUGUGUGUGUGAUUCAAGGAGGCUGCAUGUUGAACCAGGUGGUGAAUACUUAAGGCUGGAAGAAGUAAAGGGAUUUUUUCUUUUUCCUAUGAAAGGAAAAUAUCUCAAGGACUAGUCUGAUCAUCCACUCAGCUAAAUGUUUAUAAUCAGGAACGGAUGCAGGGGACUGUGAACUGAGUAGUGGAAGUGCUGAAGAAGGAGGUUUGUUUUGAGGAAACGGGAAAGAGGAAGAAAAGAGAAGGGAAAAAUACAUAAUUUUAAGGAAGAAGGAGAGAAAAAAAAACGGGGACUAUGGGGAGAAAAAAGAUUCAGAUUACAAGGAUUAUGGAUGAACGUAACAGACAGGUGACAUUUACAAAGAGGAAAUUUGGGUUAAUGAAGAAGGCUUACGAGCUGAGUGUUCUGUGUGACUGUGAGAUUGCUCUGAUCAUCUUCAACAGCACCAACAAGCUGUUCCAGUACGCCAGCACUGAUAUGGACAAAGUGUUGCUGAAAUAUACCGAGUACAAUGAGCCACAUGAGAGUCGAACGAAUUCGGAUAUUGUUGAGCAGCAGGAGAGUGGAACAGGGGCAACCGAGUAUUGGUUUGGGCGUUGGGAGACGGUGCAGCAGAGACUGGAGGGGAACCGGUCUUUUGGGAGCUUUACCCUGCUAAGGCUCACACGCUCCGCCAAAACUCCUGCGAUGGGAUCUCUAGCUCACUGCCAUCCAUCUUCCUGUGCUUCUUUGUCCGUUCGUCCCCUUAGUCCUCUCCACGCCUUGACCACUCCUCCCCGCGGAAUGUCCCCCGGCUCUCCUAGUCGUUCCCCGCGAGAUGCUCUCCAGAAAACAUUGCGUGCCUUGCCUCCUCACGCCAGACAUUACAAUGUCCUACAUCCAGGAGGAGCUAAAAAGUACCUUGUAAAAAGUGUGGAAGAAAAAGAUUUAGAAUCACUUUUUGAUUACUUAAAGAGGAGGGAGAUUUAA